AUGCCCCCCAAGCAGCAGAAGAAAAAGGCGGUCAAGAAGCCAGUGAACAGAGGCUUUACUACGACUUCGAUCCCGAAGAAAGUCUCGGAACCCGAUCCAAACGAAGCCUCAACAUCUGCUGACCUAUCCGCAGAUGGCGAUCAAAUCCUGGCCAACCAAUCUGUCUCCGCUGUCCUCCCAUCUGCCCCGAAAUCUAGCGACCCCAAUCAAAGCACGUUUGCCAAAGGAGACUCAGGAAAAUCUCUGGUCCAGGACGAAUGGGAACAAGAUCCCGACGAGAGAGAGACGCAUAGCUUGGCUGAAAAGCUGAGACCGAUUUCAGAGAAGGAAAUUACCAAGCAACUCAAGAUUAUCGAAAACGACAAAAGAUUUGCUAAAGGCUGGUCCGGGUUUCGCUGGUCGGAUUCCCGCUUACAAACCGACAUCCUGGAAUACGCCAGAGAUGCGCAACGGGCUAUCGAGACCUCUGGUUCGAAGGCAACCAAUACCCUAACCGGCAAUCUCCAGGAAGACGAGGAGAAGGCCUUAUAUAAGCUUGCGGUUCUACACGGUGUUUUGGAUGGGCGUGGAUUCCCAAAGACCCGGAUCAGACAGUGCCUAGAAAGAAUUAAAAACUUAGAGUUUGAAGAAGCCAUAGAUUAUAUGGUUUUGAAUUGUUCCAAUGAGGAACUGAUUUUAGCAGGAUAUGAUAGUCUUUCAAAUGAAGACCCACCAUCAAAUCCCAUGGAUAAAGACCUACAAGUUCACAGCCCGAACGCGAAAAUGACCCCCGCUCUUACGCUUACCAAGGACAACUUGAAUACAUCAGAUGAGGCCAAUGACAAAGCGAAUCUUUCCUGUGAUCUUAGCAACGGUUUGGUUGAACUACCGCCAAAUGAUCUAGUUCUUGCAAGUGAACUCUAUAGCUCUCAACAGCCAAGCCCCAUUGGAGCUCUUAGCACCUCACCCACGAUGAAAAACAUCAUCUUAGAAAGACAGCAGCAGCUCGAGAACGAAGAAUCGGGCUCGGCUGAGGACCCGCCUACUGCCAUCGAAGAUUAUGUCGCUCUGAAGCUUUCGAUCAUGAAUCUUUCCAAGAAAAUUUCCAAGGUCGGGACCGCUCCUCUUAAAGGGAAAGCUCUGAAAGAUAGUGCAAAGUUGAAGAAAGAAGUCAAGCUGUUGGAAGAUAAGGUUAAACUGGUCCAGGCAAGCUACGAAUUCAGUCAAAAGAAAGCGGACCAGGCUCUCAAGAGCAAAAUCAAAGAAAUCAAGUGCGGUUUUGUAGCAGACGGUGCUGCCUGCGAUGAAAGUUUAGAUCAGAGUCUAGAGAUUGAUCCCGUGGUGGUUGAUCGCAAAUCUCUCCCGUCAUCACCGAUAGUACCUAUCACCGCCAUGCAAGCAGGUGAUGAGGAGGCUGAAGAAUCUGAUGAUCCCGAAAUUAUAAUGUCUACUCCUGGGUUGGAAGUACCUCAAAACGCAUGCUCUGAUGGGGCCGCCAGGCCAGCGUUUCUGCCAAUAAGUCCAUCUUUUAAACCUGUGGAUGCUCAUUCGUCAGCUGAAAGCCUCGAGGCUGAGCGCGAGCAGAACGAAGACGACUCGGCAAUGUGUGGGUCGAUGUUUGACGAACCGGCUCUCUUGCCUCAUGAGCCACCUGGAUCUUCUGCAGACCCCAAGAAGACGGCGACAUGUACUCUCAGUAUUGUGCGAGACAUGCCGCUUCCCAAGCAGUUCUCCGGAAAGACACCCCAAAGCCUCCUCGAAGAGGCCAUCCGUCGAUUGGAUAAGUUUGCACAACCGCAAUACCUAGUCGUCUCCCGUGGAAGUCGGUCGAUCCGUGCAAGUGUUGAGAUCAAAUGGAGUAGCCGGAAAGUGAUUCCAACCCAAGCGGGAAAAUUCAGCAUCACCAACUCCAAAAUUAACCCGCAACCGGUCCAGACAUUCACCAUGGAAGAUGAAGCCUGUCGCGACGAAACACAGGCGUACAAUUACGUCGCCACCCUCGCGCUCUUUUAUUUGAACACUCAAAAUCAGCCGUCUGUUCACAGAUACCUUCCGGUCACGUUCAGAGAGCUGUGGGAUGAAUUGGAAGAGAAGCGUAAGAAAGAGGACGAUCAAAAUUAUCUCGAUCUCGUCAAAAGCCUAUUGGAUAUCUUCAAGCAUCGGUCGAGUAAUAGCCCUUAUUUAGCCGGUGACCAAACUUCGGCUUUGCAACGGCCCAAAGAAUUAAGCCAAGGCUCCACGGAUGAGAAAACCUCGCUGACGAUCUCCUACGACGCCCAAGGUGGACGAGGCCCCGGUGAUGCGGCUCUUAUGGAAGAAUUUGCAAUGCGGCAACAUUGGCAUUCCUACCAAGUGAUGCUGGGAUAUCGGGCCACGCUACCCAUCGCAGUUUAUCGCAAUGAGAUCGUAACCGCCGUCGAGCAAAAUCAGGUGAUCCUGCUAUGUGGUGAAACCGGCUGUGGGAAAUCGACCCAAUUACCGGCCUUUAUUUUAGAACAUGAACUUGCAAAUGGCAGACCCGUCAAGAUCUUCUGUACUCAACCCCGGAGGAUUUCUGCAAUCUCUUUAGCCGAACGUGUUUCGCAGGAAUUGGGCGAGCCUACCGGUGCUGUCGGCCAAGUGGGCUCCCUCGUCGGUUAUAACAUCAGACUAGAAAGUAAAACUUCGCCUACCAGUCGAUUGAUUUACGCUACUACUGGUGUCGUCUUGCGGAUGCUAGAAAAUGGUACUGACCUGCAAGACAUCACACAUUUAAUUCUUGAUGAAAUUCAUGAGCGGAGUAUCGACAGCGAUUUUCUCCUUGUCGCUCUGAAAACUAUUCUCGAACGACGCCCCAAUCUCAGGGUGAUUCUAAUGUCAGCAACAGUAGACGCAGAGAAGAUCAGUAACUACAUGAAUGGUUGUCCGAUCCUGAAGGUCCCUGGCCGGACAUUCCCGGUGACGAGCUUCUUCCUCGAAGAUGUAAUCGAGUUAACGGAUUACCGACUCGAUGCUAAAUCCGAUAGUCCAUACGUUGCCAGAAGAGGCAAGCGGAAACCUAUCAUGCUCAAAACUGCCUCCUCGACUCAAGAAGAUAUCCCCAGCUUGGACGACGAUGACGAGGCUGCUACCACCGAUAACGCUCUUGCGCACACGUAUGCAGCUUCUACUCGGGCUACCUUGGAAGUCCUGGAUGAGCAUCUUAUCAAUAUGGACCUCAUCGUCUUGCUACUCUUGCAAGUCUGUUGGCAAAACGCCACUCUCGUGCAACGGUUUUCUAGUGCCAUUUUGAUAUUUUUACCCUCUCUCGAUAGCAUCCGAAAACUGACAGAGAUCCUUGAAAGCCAUGAGAUUUUCGGCACUUCAGCAUUUCAAAUAUUUCCUCUGCAUUCUUCCAUCUCGAACGAAAAUCAGAGCUUGGUUUUUCAGAAGCCACCUCCCGGCGUUCGGAAGAUCGUCAUCUCGACAAACAUUGCCGAAACGGGCAUUACGAUUCCAGAUGUCACGUGUGUUAUCGACAGUGGAAAGCACAAAGAAAUGCGGUACGAUGAAAAGAGACAAAUUAGUAAACUGGUUGAGACCUUUAUUGCUAAAAGUAACGUUACCCAGCGCAAGGGUAGAGCAGGAAGAGUCCAAGAGGGGAUUAGCUUCCAUUUGUUCACCAAGCAUCGCAUGGAGACUCAUCUUGCAGAUAAUCCACUGCCCGAGAUGCUCCGACUUUCACUUCAGGAUCUCGCAUUGAGAAUUAAGAUUAUGAAGAUCGGAACAUCCAUCGAAGACGUCCUGUUGCAAGCUUUAGACCCUCCAUCGACUGCUAACGUUCAGCGCGCGAUCGCUUCUCUGGUUGAGGUCAAAGCAUUGACUCCAACUGAAGAGAUUACUCCUCUGGGCCGACAUCUUGUCAAACUUCCGAUGGAUGUUCAUAUGGGAAAACUUCUGAUCUUAGGAUGCUUGUUUCGCUGUUUGAGUCCAGCGCUAACAGUUGCUGCAGCGUUGAAUUCCAAAAGUCCCUUCCUUACCCCCUUUGGAAGAGAGCAAGAGGCCGAAGCAAUCAAGAAAUCGUUCAAAGUCGAAAAUUCGGACUUCUUGACCAUUUGUAAGGUUUACAACUCAUGGCGGCUGGCUUAUCAGAACGAUCAUGUUCAUCAGUUUUGUCGCAAGAACAUGCUGUCAUUUUCGAACCUCUUGCAAAUUGAAGAUCUUCGGUCACAAUUUUUUGGAUUCUUGGUUGAUGCGGGAUUUGUCAACCUGAAUUCGAGAUCUUGCGGCGCUGGUUCUUUCAGUCAGAGAAGUAGAUUUUGCAAUGUACCUGCUGAAUUAGACCUUAAUGCCGAUCAACAUAAGAUUGUCAUGGGAUGCAUCGGAGCUGCUAUGUUUCCCAAACUCUUGGUUCGAGAUGGGGCGAUGCAGAUCGGAAAUGUCAAUUCGAACGCACAAGGCGGAUGGAGAACCUUGACUAAUUCAGCCCCAGCUUCCAUCCACCCUUCGAGUGUCAAUUUCAGUAGCGGCCGUCGCCCUGACUUUGGGGAUGCCCGAUUCGUAACCUAUUUCAAUAUUAUGCAAUCGAAAAAACUGUACGUUUGGGAAUCAGGAGUGGUCAAUGAAAAAGCAAUCUUUCUGCUCUGUGGCGAAGCCGAUUUUAAAAUGCCAGCCGAAUCGGUCAUCAUCGAUCGCAAGAUCAAAGCUUCCAUGAAUCCCAAGACUCUCUUGGCGCUCAAGAUCUUACGGCAACGUUUCCAACAAUUAUUCAACUUGAAGAUGAAAAACCCAUCGCAGAAAUUCAACCAACACCAGCAGCGAUGGUUUGAUAUGAUUACUGCUGCGAUAAAAGAUGAGAAAGAGUCAUCAAUCAAGAUGACCAAAAAUGAAAGUACCCAUCGGAUGAAUGCUUCGAAUAAUGCCACGAUUAUGAAGACAAAGAAUCGGAUGUCAGUUGUUUUGGCUCCCGCGGGUCGGAUGCCGUCUGGCAAGAGUAAUAACACUCCUCCAGCUGAAGAAUCAAGCCGCCACAGCGACUCCAAAGAUAACUAUCCUAUCGUAGACCCUCGAGAGGACAGUCGGACAACCUUUUAUGAGACUACUGGUCGUCUUUCGGAUCUUUCUCUCUCAUCCCCCAUUCCUAACAACGCUGUGUUCACGACUUCUCAUCAUUCUACUCCUACUCCAGUCACGGUCGGGGUGGUCCAUGACCCCCAUCAUGCCCAUUGUAGACCUCUUCAUCCGGAUAACUUUGAUCAUGUAACUUGA